AUGGGCGUCUCUGAUCCCGAAUGCACGCGUUUGCCCGGACGUGCGUUUACAGCCUCUGCACUGCGCAACCUUCUGCCUGCCGAUUCUUCAACUGGGGAGCCUGACCUGGUGAUUCCUCGAAGCUCAAAACCUGUGGAUGAAUAUCACAAUCCUGACCUGGUUCCAGGUAUGUUCCCGACCCUGUAUCCCUUUGGAAUAGGUGGCUUUGACGACAACUCUCGUGUAACCUCUCUCGGUUUUCAAAAUCAAGCCAAUUACAAUUUUGAUCUCGCAGAUAGGUCCUUUCGCUACCACCGUUCAUAUAUGUUCGUCAUACUCAAUAUAUUCCAGCGUCGCACAGCUCAUCUUCACACCCAUUUCACCGUUCGACGCUCUCAUUUUGAGACUCUCGCGAGGCGCCUCACCUCUGUCUCACCACACACAUUGACUCGCUUGGCUGACCAGUUGCAAAAGGAGCACAAGUACUCGAACCUGGGCCCCGACGACCGGAACGCGCUCAAUCUGCUCAAUCAAGUUAACACUGUAGCUGCGCGGAUUCCCGGGUCGCAGUCAUCUAAGAUGUUCGUGCGCAGCGAAAUUCGUAGUUACUUCGGUUUCUUCGGCAUGCCUCACUUGUUCUUUACUUGCAACCUGAGUGCGUCUCAUAGCCCUACUUUUCAACUUAUGUUUGGUGACACGACAGUAGACUUGACGCAACAUUAUCCAUGCCUGGUUCCUGCCCGCGAGCGUGCGAUUCGCUUGGCUCGAGACCCAGUGGCAGCGGCAGAUUUUUUUCAUUUUUCCUUUAAGUGCAUAUUUACUCAUUUGUUCGGUUGGGAUUUCGACACGCAGGCAUCAACGGAGCGCGGAGGUAUCCUAGGUCACUUAGAGGCUUUCUAUGGAACGAGUGAG